AUGGGUCGCAUUAGUCGCAGCAUAGAGGAAUAUCUAAAGAAUUCGACUCUGCAUGGAGCACGAUUCAUAGUGGACAAAGACGCCAGUUGGUUGGAGCGAAUCUUUUGGGUUAUUUGCCUGGCAGCCUCAUGGUAUGCCUCUUGGCUGCUGAUCAAAGCCUCACUGGCUGCCUUUGAGAAUAAUGCCAUUAGUUUUGUGGUGGAGAGCUCAUAUCGCGAUUGGAAUACUAAUUUUCCAGCCAUAAUUGUGUGUGAGUCAAAGAAUAUGGAUCGCAUUCAGGAAGUGGCAGAACAACUCUGGGGCUCUGAUCAUGACUUCACGUUGGAGGAAGUUUUAAGUGAAAUUGCCUUUUUUCGCGGCGAAUCGUAUCACACGGUCCACGAAUGCAGUGGAGAGGAGGCCACCACCUCUUGCUUCUAUUCGAAUUUCUCCUAUUACGCCCAAUUGGUACGCAGCAGUUGCACUGAUUCCAUUUUCAAUUGCGAAUGGAAUAAUAGACCCUUUGAAUGUUGCAAAUAUUUUCAUCGCAUGGAAACGGAAUUGGGGAUUUGUUACGCCAUCAAUUCCAUACAAGCAAACAAGGGAAAAGGUCCUUUUUUGAAUAUGUAUUCAAAUCGUUAUACUGGUCCAGGCUCUCUGAAAAUGGAACUUAAAACUGAAGCUACGGUAUUUAUUUUGGGAACUGAAGAAGUUCCCACUCUUGUGACGCCAAAAACAGAUUUUCUAAUUGUUGGUCCUUACAUAUCAUUCAUUCGCUUCAUCUCGAAACGUGACAUUGAGAAUGAUGAGGCCAUACGAGAGACAAGUGUGGGUCAGAGGAAUUGCCGCUUUGUGGAUGAGAAUAUUCUGGAUGUGCAUCAUUUCUAUAGUUAUAGCGCCUGUACGGUUCAAUGUCGUAAGGAUCGGCAAAUGGAGCUUUGCAAUUGUUCAAGUCAUUUGUCUCCAAAUUCGCCGGAUCAUCAAUUGUGCAAUAUGGAUGGUUUGGAGUGUUUGAAUCGCAACUAUGAGGAUUUAUCGGUCAUUAUAGCCAAAUGGUCGAAGAGACGUGGCCGUAAGGGUUUGGUUUGUGACUGUCUGCCCUCGUGCACCGAAGUGGAUAUUACAACUGUUCACGAUAGCAAGGAUAACUUGGUGGAACACAGUACUCCCGUAUCGAAAAUUGAGGUGGCUUUGAUCGAACUGCCCACAGAGCGUUAUAAGAGGAACUUAGUGCGAGGUAGAUUGGAUUUGGUGGUGUCUAUAGGUGGAACCACAGGUCUGUUUGUGGGUGCCAGUCUUUUAAGUUUCGUAGAGAUUAUCUACUAUAUAACCAUAAGACCCUACUCAAGUUAUAUGCAUGAGAAGCGGCGACUAAAACGCUUGAUAAUUCCGAAGAAGUUUGGAAAAGAAGACCGAGAAGAGGAUUGUCCUACCCGAUUUACCACCACCUAA